AUGCGAGCGGUACUGCCGGGGAGACCCCCAGCCAAGCUCCAGUCCUUCAGCACUGCGCUGUGGGAUGGACUUCGUGUGAUUGCGUACAUCUCCGGCCAUGCGCUGGUCAUCCUCGGCGGCCCGCAAACGCUCCUCCAAACGAUCUACGUCGAUGAUACCGAUACCCUACAGGCCGUAGCCUUUGAUGAAGAGUCGGGAAAGAUCGCCGUGUGUGGCGGCGCGGAUGUCUUUGUGUACCAGCCGUACGGAAUUCAGGGCGAGACGCUCAAGUGGUCCCUUGCCUAUACCUUCCGCGCCGAAGACGAUGACGAGCCGAUCUAUACCCUGUCGUGGGGUUCCGAGAAUGAGCUCCUGGUAGGCAACUCCCACCUCGCUUUGUGGUUCGUGAACGACAACCCGCGCCGCGCAUGGAAAAACAAGCUCGCGACUCCUGUAAAAUACGCCCAGUUCUCCCCAGACGCCGCUUUGAUUGUAACAGUGGGUCUCUACGAUCGCCUAGCGAAAGUAUGGAGACGACUAGCGUUCGGCGAUGAGGUACGAUUCGAGGUUUCAUACCUCCCUCAUCCAAACAUCAUUACUGGAGUUCAUUGGCGACUACCUCACCACCGAGGGCAGUAUAUGGAAAAUGUCCUGUAUACUCUGUGUGCGGAUAAUAAGAUCCGAGUAUGGGCUGCGAUGGAUCACCAUGCCCUCUCGCCGUUACAAUUCUGGACAGACAUCGACAUGAACCUCUCUGUCCAACCGCGGGAAGCUACGAACGUGGACCAAGUCUUACAGAGACGAUAUGGCUUCAUUCUGGACAGUCGCGAUUUCUGUGCCGCAACAGAGCGUGCUGUUGAACGCAACACUGGCAACAAGGAGAAUCAUGCUUUGGAGCAUAUUAUCGAAGUUGCCAAAAAUAGUCCGGAAAUUUGCGUGGUAAUCGACGGCCAAGGACACAUGUCUGCCUGGGCUCUGGAAGAUGUCGGUUCCAAAGCUAAGACCAACAUGAGUGUUUUCAACAUUCUGCAUGUCGAAGGUCUUGAUUUUGGCUUCAUGUCGAAUCUGAUGCCCGAGGAAGAUUAUGCCCAAAUAUGCAUGUUCCAGAGCAAUGUUGCAGAUGACAAACUCAGUAUUGUUCUUCAUCACUUCGACGGCCGCAUUGAGUGGUGGGACUCCCAGGUCGAUGUCUUGUUUGAUCCAGCUCCUCGACCAAAGCGCAUAGUCCCCAAAUCAUCUUGGUCAGGACAUACCGCUCCUGUCAAGAAAAUCGUUCGCAAUGCUCUUGGAGACACGCUUGUUUCACGCACAGACGAGAACAAAGCUAUGAUCUGGAAGCAAAGGCGGCGACAAGAUGGAUCCAUGCUCAUACACAAGAGCACACUAUUCUCCGAAGAACACAUUCACCGAACAUGUGUGAUCGAAAAUGGACACUUUCUUGUCAACCUCCACCACAACGGUGUUUCAUUGUGGGAUUUUAGUUCCUACCACGCGAAGAAAAUUGCAUCCUUACCUUUUACACUCUCAAGCAAGCCUUUGUGCGUGCUUCCACUUCCCACCCCAGAUGCAAGUCCAGGUCAGGCCUACGUGGCAACCAUUGCUGCAGAUAUGCAUGGAAUCGCUUGGGAAAUUCGGUGGAGUGGACAGGGAGGCUUGGGGUCAGAUCAAGCAAACCCAACAUGUCAACUGCAAAAACUUUGCGAGUUUGACAUGGGCUUGAAGGAAGAUCUGGCUUACAUUCUCCCUGUUGAUCCCGCAGGACCCAAAGUCGAAGCCUCUGGCUUCUUUGACUCUUUCUCCCCUGACAUUGCCCUUUCUUACACCCACAGCGGUGUUGUACGAACAUGGACAGCGAAGGUGGAUAGAGAAAAUGCCAAGGUUGAGUGGCUACUGAAAUCCACCGUGGAUACCGGCAUUGAGAAUCCGUCGCUGGCUAGUGGAAGCUCUAUUCGCAAAGCCGCGCUUGUGGACCAGGAUCGAACCCACUUGACCAUCUGGGAUACCAACAAUGCCCAGCUGGAGUUCGAAGAACAUUUUGCCCAGCAUGAUGUCAUCCGGGACCUUGACUGGACCUCGACCCCGGAUAUGCAAUCAAUUCUUGCUGUGGGUUUCCCUCAUAAAGUUGUGCUGUUAUCUCAGCUACGCUACGACUACCUCGAUUCCCGGCCUUCGUGGACUCAAAUUCGAGAAAUCUGGAUUCGUGACCUCACCCCUCACCCAAUUGGUGACUCUUGCUGGCUCACAAAUGGCCACCUAGUUAUUGGCGCUGGUAACCAGCUAUUUGUGUAUGACAAGGAUGUCGAUGUUGCCGACCGACUUGUCUCUGAGCUUCGUAUCCCAUCUCGGGGGCUCCCAGCUGUUGACAUCUACGAUGUCGUCAGCCGGUUGAAUGGUCCUCUCCCUGUCUUCCACCCACAAUUCCUGGCACAAUGCAUCCUUGCUGGCAAGACUAGCUUGGUCCAUUCCAUUUUGAUGAAUCUCCACCGGAAACUGAAGUUUUACAACGAAGGUGACGAUCUGGACGGCUUCCUGGAGUUGCCAGCAGAAAACUUCUACGAAGAGAUCAGCAUAUCCCAGCCAUAUUCUCCCAAAGAAAUGCGGUCUUCGUUCAUUGACGCCGCCCUGGAGGAAGAGCUAUCCUCUGUUGUCGAUGAGAACAUCGCAUCGAUAUUGAAUGAGAACCUUUCACGAGUGGCACUACCUCGGUUGUCCAGCCAAGAGCAAUUCCGCCUCGUUGACACGAUUGAAUGUGUUGCAAUGGUUGAGAAGCACCGACGCUCAAUGGAUGACAAUGCAGCCCGCUACUUCCUUUUUUUCCGACAGCACAUGCUGCGAAAGAGCCAAGGCGUGGCAAAUAAGGACCGAGUCUCUUGGAGAGAGAUUGUCUGGGCCUUCCACAGCGGCAGCCAGGACAUCUUGACGGACCUUGCCUCGCGCCAAUUCAAUGGCAAGAUGACAUGGAAGGCCGCUCGGGAAAGUGGCAUUUUCAUGUGGUUAUCUGAUCUGACCGCGCUGAGAGCGCAACUUGAAAUCGUUGCCCGAAGCGAAUAUACCAAGACCGAGGAAAGGAAUCCGAUUGACUGCACGCUUUACUACCUUGCUCUCGGGAAGAAGAACAUCCUCCAAGGUCUUUGGCGCAUUGCCCACUGGCAUCGUGAGCAAAAUGCCACCUCGCGACUACUGGCAAACGACUUCAAGGAAGCCAGAUGGAAGACAUCUGCAUUGAAGAACGCAUAUGCGCUGCUUGGAAAGCGGCGAUUUGAAUAUGCCGCUGCCUUUUUCCUGCUUGCUGAUCACCUGCGCGAUGGCGCCAAUGUCGUCGCCAACCAAAUGGGUGAUAUCCAGCUUGCUAUUACAAUCACCAGAGCCUACGAGGGGGACAACGGACCCGUGUUAAAGGAACUUCUAGAAGAAAAACUUCUCCCCGAGGCUGCCGCAGAAGGCAAUAGGUGGAUGGCCUCGUGGGCUUUCUGGAUGCUUGGACGACGAGAUAUGGCAGUGCGGGCACUCAUCUCACCGGUCGAGACUCUUCUCUCACCCACACCAGCCUCCCCCGGUAGUCCCGGACGAGGCACUCUCCAAUCAAAAUCAUAUCUCUCCAACGAUCCCGCCUUGGUCGUCCUGUACCACCAACUCCGUGAGAAAACCCUCCAAACUCUCAAGGGUGCCUCACAAGUCCACCCGCGUGAAGAAUGGGACUUCGUCCUCCGCAACGCCCGACUUUACGACCGCAUGGGCUGCGACCUCCUCGCCCUAGACCUGGUGCGCCACUGGGAGUUCCUGGGCACCCCUCCCACCUACAAGACACUACAAUCCCAGCCCGCCCUCGAACUCGACGAGAACGGGGUCGAUUACCGGAAGUUGCUUCGCCGGCGGAGCAGUCUUGUUGUUGCUGACAUGCCGGUCCGCAUUACUGAUGCAAAUGGUGCUGUUGAUGGCAAGGAUACUUCUGCCAUUGAUGAUUCCCAACAGCAACCUGCGCAGAAACCGAAACCUCCCCCGACCAUGUUCCAUGAACCUGAUGCAAAUUCCUUGCUGGAUAGCUUUGGGUUCUAA